CCCACAGAGCCUGUGUGUUAGGUUGCGCGAGGGCUGCAGUUUCAGUUUGUUUUAUUCACCAUUUUGUGUAGCUGAAGGUAAAAUAUUAAAGUAAAAGCCUUUCAGCGCAGCAGAGCUUUCUCACCCGUUUUUAUUUACUUUUGCGACUCGGGGAGAAAGCGGGUGUUGGUGUUUUUAUGCGACGUUACAUUGAGUCUGUCAGUUGGUGAAGCUAUUUUUGUUUUUUUUUUACAUUUUCUCCCCUUUUCUUAAAAAAAGGAAAAAAAAUCUCAACAGUGUUCCUGCAAAAAUGUCCAGACCAGUGAGGAACAGAAAAGUGGUGAAUUAUUCACAGUUCAACGAAUCUGAUGACGCAGAUGAGUACGAACGAGACACGGACAAGCCCAAGAAGGUGCGUGCAGCGCCGCGUGAAAUCAAGCACAAGAAGACCAAGAACUCACAGGAGGAAAGUGAUGACUCUGAUGACAAACUGUCCAAGCCCAAAAACGACUCAGCAGAUGAUUUCGGCAGCGACGAAGACAACGAAUUUGGAGAGGAAGAGGAGGUGGAGGAGGAGGAAGACGGAGGAAGCGAUUACGAAGCCAAAAAGGGGAAGAAGGGGAAGAAGGCUAAAGUGGAGAAGACGAGCAGAAGGUCACUGAAGAGGAAACGGGAUUCAGAUGAGAGCGAUGAGGAUAAGGCGGUGAGCCGGAAGCCCAGGCAGGUGAGACAAGCCGCCUCUAAGGCUGCGUCCAAACAGAGAGAGAUCCUGCUCGGGGACCGAGGGAGUGAGGAUGAGGAUAAAGACGAAGACGAGCACGCCUACAUGGACCAGGAGUCCGGGAGCGACGAGGACUUCAUGGUGGACGACGAUGACGACAGCGACUACGGUCACUCCAAAAAGAAGGGCAAGAAAGUGAGCCAGAGAGGACGCAAGGUGGAAAAGAAGGAGAAGAAAUCCCCUAAACCCAGACUAAAGGCCACAGUCACCCCGAGCCCCAUGAAGGGAAAGGGCAAGGGUCGCCCGAGCGCAGCCAAGGCCCUGGAGAAAUCCUCGCCUAAAGAGGAGGAGGAGCCUGAGAGCCCGCCCGAGGAUGAGGAGGAAGACGAGGUGGAGAAGAAGAGCUCGCCGCCGCCCUCCGCCAAGAAGAAGAAGAACACCCCCGAUGAUGAGGAAGACGAGGAAGAGGAGGACGGUUCAGAAGAAGACGCGCCGUCCGGGGAAGAUUAGCCACCUCGCUUCUCGUUUGCUUUUCUCUCUCUUCUUCCUUUUUCUCUCUUCUUUCUUCUUCUCCUUUGGAGGUUUUUAUUUUGUAUUAUUAUUAUUUCUCUGUGGUGACCUGGCUUUUUUAAAACCCACAGUUUCUGCAUCACAAAAAACCCGCAUUAUCCCAGAAUGCAUCAGACCGUGUGUGUGUGUGAGUGAGAGAGAGAGAGAGAGAGAGAGAGAGAGCGCGCUGCAUUUUGUUUUUGUUUCUUUUUAUUUUUUUUAUUUAUAGGUCAGAACUGUAAGAAAAGCCCGACGCUCCUCCACUGCUAACGGGCCGCUGCUCUCACGGUUCUUCUCGAGUUCUACACGUAGUUCCUGCUGUUUCUCAGCGCCGGUCCCGCGGUGAUUUUUUCCUGCUCUAACACACUUGCCUCGCCAUUUUCCACCAUCUUCAAGCGGUAGAAAUAAACACACACCUACAGACAUUUUAUCUUUUUAUGAAUCAGGAAUGACAGACUGGAAGCCCCGCCCCCUUUCUGUCGGUGUGUGUGAUUUCCUGUUACAGUAACUGGAGAAUAAACACUGUGUGUGUGUGUGUGUGUGUGUGUGUGUGUGUACAGGGUUGGACAGUAAACACCCCAAAUGCUACAGCGAGUCAAAUUCCAGCCAAUAUGUAGACUGCUAGGGUUGCCAGAUAAUCUCACCAAUCCCCGUUUACACCAGUUUUAAAUCCCUUUUCAAUCGAUUGCACACUGAAUACAUGAAUUAAAGAAAAUAUCCAAACAGGGUAAAUCAUAGCUACUAAUCCAGAAAAGUCUGUUCUGAUGGGAAUAAUGAGAAUAAUACGUUUAUACGACCUUUUAAAAAAAUCAUUAAAACUGUGAGUAAAGUCUAAACACUGCUUUAGAACCAAUCUGAGCCUUUUUGAAUCCAGAAUGAAGUGAAAUAAAUUCCUGAGGAGUUUAAAAAAUAAAAAGUUAGCAUGGUGGAGUGUUGGAGCAGGAAAACACUAAGAUGCGCAGUCGACGGUUCGAACCGAGCCAGGAUUUAGGAAACGCCCCCUUUUCAUGAUCAUUUAUUUUUCCCCCAAAUGCUGUGACUGCUAAGAAUUUAACAUUUACCCUCCCCCCCUUUCACGACCAAAUUCCUAACUUCCUUCCAGUCUGAUAUUUUUUUUUUCCCUUCCUUUUUACCAAAAAAUUCUGUCUUUUUAUUAUCAGUGUGUGCCGUGUGCUGUUUUUUUUUUUUAAUUUUUUUUUUUUUAUCCAGAUUUAUUUGCUGGAUUUCUUUGAUUCUUCUUCCUUUUUUUAUUUUAUAUAUAUAUAUUAGAUUUUUUUUAAUCUUCCAGUGUUUUGUAAUUAACUUCUCAAAUUAGUCUUUUAAUCUAGAGGUGUGCGGAUGAACACCCCCCCCCACCCCCAUUAGUAAAAGUUUUACUAACUUUUUUCGUCUCUUCAAAUAGGAACGCUGUGCAGGCGACCCGGGUUCAAUGGUCAGUUUAUUCAAAAGCAGCGACAAAUUUCUCAAAGUGAGCGAGUCGAGGCACAGCAUCCAGGAAAUAUAAUGUGUUUAAUUCUUCAAACUUUUUUUCUGUCUCUUAAGAGCUUCCUUUUUUGUUUUAUUUUAUUUUUUUUGUCACUUAAGAGCUUCCAUUUUAUUUUUUUUACCUCUUAAGAGCUUCCUUUUUUCUUUUUUUCUUUUUUUUUGGUCACUUAAGAGCUUCCUCUCUUAAAUUUUAUUUUCUUUAAUUUUUUUUGUCAUUUAUGAGCUUCUUUUUUUUCUCAUUUUAUUUUUUGUCACAUUUUUCCCCCCUUUUUUUUUUUGUUUUAUUUUACGUCAUCUCAGAUUCGUCUUUGUGGUUUUAAUGUACAUCGUGUGUGUGUGUGUGAGAUUAAGCAGUGUGACGGAAUAAACGAAUGAAUCCCCCCCCCCUUUUCUUUUCUUUUUUUCUUUUUUGGCGAUUAGAUCCCAUGCACGCUUUUUACACUCUGCUUUUAUUCGGAGAUGUAAAUGUAAAUGCUUUAACGCUCUCUGGAAAUUUCCUCUCAUCGGACUCCAAGCCGCAGGAACCCUGCUUUAUUUGCUGCAUUAUUCAAACCUUUCAACAAAACCGAGAUCUGACUUUUUUGCCGUCUGAACCGAGGAGGGUUUUUUUUUUCCGUCAACGCAAGCGCCGAAAAGCCGAGUGUUUUUUUGUUUUUGUUUUUUUUUCCCCCCCGUGACGCCGAAG